AGGAUGACUUCCUGUAAAGCUGCAGGAUUCCCAAUAAUACUGAGCCCCACAUGGAGAAGAAGACAUGUUGUGUAAGGAGUUCCAGAACAUGGUUUCAGAGGUUUGUGUCAGGGGAAGAGUGCCGUGUUUACACCUUCAGUGUUGUCAUGGGCCCAUGUGACAAAGUGGGGAGGGCUCAGGGGUCCAAACACAGAGAAAAGGAGUGAGACACAAGAAUGUGAGGAGAGAAUGAAAGCAGUUUGUGAGCGAAAACAGUGAAGCUGCAGAAGUUGGUCUCAAAUCAAGGAGACACCACCUGCUUGGCCUUAGAAAGAAUCCAGGUUUAGGGCACUUCUGCACAAGCCUCAGUGUGGAAACCAGAGGCCAUGUGAAAGCUGCCGCACAGUGAACACUGUGCUGAGAUGAGUGCCAUGAUGAACAUGACUUCGGUCUUUAGUGGAACAGCCAAUUUCUCUUACGAGGCAAAUGUCACUGGCAAUGUCAGAUUUGCUUUCCUGAGCAAACCCAGCUUGUUUAACACCAUCAUCAAUAUCUUAACCGUGGCCAUCCUCUUCAUCACCAUGGUAUCCCUCGGCUGUACGAUGGAGAUUUCCAAAAUAAAAGCCCAUUGCCUCAAGCCAAAAGGAGUAGUCAUUGCAAUGCUGGCACAGUUUGGCAUCAUGCCCCUAACUGCCUUCUGUUUAGCCAAAAUGCUGCAGUUGGAUUCUUACAAGGCUGUGACUGUACUCAUCUGUGGCUGCUGCCCGGGGGGGUCCUUAUCAAACAUUUUUACCCUGGCUGUAGAGGGAGACAUGAACCUCAGCAUCACGAUGACGACUUUCUCCAGUAUUGCUGCCCUGGGUAUGAUGCCCCUUCUGCUCUUUAUCUAUAGUCAAGGCUUCCCCAGCCUGAAAAGCACUGUACCCUACAUCGGCAUCAUCACUGCUCUGGUGUUGACACUGGUGCCCUGUUCCAUUGGCAUCGCCAUUAAUCACUACAAACCAAAGUACACACCCAUCGUCAAAAAAGGUGGUUUGACCUUGCUGGUAAUCUGUGGCAUCAUAGUACUCACAAUGUCUGCUUUUGCCAUCAAAGACAUUCUGUGGAUGAUCGUCACACCUGAUAUUAUGACUGUGGCUGUGGUGAUGCCCAUGACUGGCUUUAUAAUGGGAUAUGUCAUGUCUGUCAUAUGUAGACAAAGUCCAAAAUUAUGCAGGACCAUUGCCAUGGAAACAGGAUGUCAAAACAUCCAGCUGUGCCUUGCCAUCCUAAGGGUGACAUUUUCCCCGCAGACCAUUGGAGCCUUGUUUCUCUUCCCUCUGAUAUACUUUAUAGUCCAGGUCACCGAGGGCGUUCUGCUGAUGCUGUGCUUCAGAUGUUACCGAAGAUUCAAGCCACCAGCGAAGGAAACCCUCACAUAUGAAGACUCAAAGAAUAAGUGUCAUUUGCCAUUGAGAAGUCCCCAUCUGAGCCCUAAUGAUAUCACAAUGGGACAGCAUUAAGCAUUCACACACUUACCGGAACACCCCUCAAAAUCUCUGAGUAUGAGCUUUAACACAGGGGAGACAAUCAACCAAGAGAGCAUCACAGAAGACGAACCAGUGCUGAAGAUGAGACCAAGAAGAGCUGAAUCCUACCUUUGAAGAUGCAGCACCUCACUGUCUUUAUGUCAUGUAUAAAUAUCAACGUCACACCCUGAUCACUCAGGCCUGUGGUACUGCAGGAAAGAUUAAUAAAGCAUGUGCAAACAGUAGUUCUAAUUGACUUUAUUAAUCCUAGACAAUGUAAAGUAGGGUAUAAUGAAGUAAUAAGUUAAUGAUUUAAAGUAAUAACGUUGUGUAUAUUUUUUCUACUGAAUAUAUGUGAUAUAAGGCUAAAUUCAUUCAUUUUCAGAAUAAUGCUCUUUGAUGUAUAAAUUAAUAAUUUAAUUAAAUAAAGUCCAUUGACAUGUCAUGUGCUCUUGAGA